AUUUAUGACUUUCCAAAGUCAACCCUUAAAAGUCCAGAUGAAAACAAAGGAUUAUUAUGCUGGAUGUUUUCCAAUUUCGUAUUCUAGCUCUCCUUUAUUGAACAUGGUUAAAAGGAAUGUGUGAAUGAAACGUAUUUUUAAAAGAAAUACAAAUUAUAUUUGGAAAAACAUUCUUCAAAAAGAACAGUGGACAGAAGUUUCAACAGAAAAAUUUCCCAGUGUAAAGUUUCUUCUAGUGCCUGUGUCUACUGCCUAAAUAGAGGAGUAUAGUGAUAGUACCUUCAUUUAUUUCUGUAUUUAAUUCAAGGCCACCUGAAAACUUUUGAAUUUUAGCAUUUCCUGUCCAGAGAGUAGUACAUUUGUUUAAAACAAAACAACCUAGUUUUUAAAUAUCUUUUAUUCACUUAUGUUUAAAAUACAUACGGAACUCUAAUUAAUUAACUCGAAUGUUGGUAACAUCUAGUCUUUGAGAACGGAUCCUGUUUUCAAGAGCCCAAGUCAUUGUAGCUAUUUGUUUAAGAAAAUUUGCUCUUUCUGCUAUUAAGUGGUGAACAUCAUUGAUAGUCCUGUUUUGGGGGAGGAUUUGGUAGGUGCCCGUUUCCUGGUUUCCUCAUUAGAUUUGGCCAAAUUAGUUUAUCACAAACAGUAAACAGCCUUGAGUAAAUUGUUACUCACUUUACAGGUCCUCCAUGUGUCCCUUAUCACUUCCUCCUUUCUUGACUUGUGUGUAAAUAGUUGUUUCAUAAUGUACGUUUUAACUUCUUUGUGUGUGUGUGCAUCCCCCGAGUAUGGGCCUCUACCAAAGGGCCUUUUGUAAGAGUCGCCUGGCUGGGUCUGGAGACCUGGAGGGAGCCGGCCGUCCCCGGAGGGGCGGGGCCGGUGGCGGGCGUCACGGGGCGGCCCCGCCCCUCCGGCCGGUGGCGCCAUCUUCCCGGCUGCGGGAGGGGUCGCAGGUCAGUGCCGGAGCCUCGCGGCGAGGGAAGGAGGACGGAGUGGGAUCUCUGACCGGCCGUGGCGGUCACGUCCCGACGGGUGCCUUUUCCUCGGGGCAGCCCAAGCUUCUCCAAGAGGACAAUGGAUUCUGGAAGUCGCCCAGGUGGGAGCUGCUGUAGCAGCCCUGCAGGACUCUCACGCGAAUACAAGCUAGUGAUGCUGGGCGCCGGUGGUGUGGGGAAAAGUGCCAUGACCAUGCAGUUCAUCAGCCACCGAUUCCCAGAAGAUCAUGACCCCACCAUUGAAGAUGCUUAUAAAAUCCGGAUCCGUAUUGAUGAUGAGCCUGCCAAUCUGGACAUUUUGGAUACGGCUGGACAGGCAGAGUUUACAGCUAUGCGAGAUCAGUAUAUGAGGGCAGGAGAAGGGUUUAUCAUCUGUUAUUCUAUCACUGAUCGUCGAAGUUUCCAUGAAGUUCGGGAGUUUAAACAGCUUAUUUAUCGAGUUCGUCGGACUGAUGAUACACCUGUGGUUCUUGUGGGAAACAAGUCUGACCUAAAGCAGCUAAGACAGGUCACCAAGGAAGAAGGAUUGGCUUUGGCCCGGGAAUUCAGCUGUCCCUUUUUUGAGACCUCUGCUGCCUACCGCUACUACAUUGAUGAUGUAUUCCAUGCCCUUGUGCGGGAGAUACGUAGGAAAGAAAAGGAGGCAGUACUGGCCAUGGAGAAAAAAUCGAAACCCAAAAACAGUGUAUGGAGGAGACUGAAAUCACCCUUCCGGAAGAAGAAAGAUUCUGUAACUUGAAGGGAAGCUGUGGAGUGUUUAUCUGUGACCUGCACUGCCUGAUCAGAGCAGUCCAGUAACCUGCGUUAGUGAGCGUGGUGCUUGCUCUUUCUCCUGUUAGGACCGUUAUUUUAAAAGUAACUGAUGAAGGGGACAUGCCUACUAGAGGUUUUCAAUGAUGUGGUAUUUAAAAUAUUGUCUCUUAGCUAAUUCUGAUUUAUUAACCCGGUGGAGCACUGUCUACUUUUAAAUUGUCUCAUUAGAAUUUGAUCACCCAUGUUUUGGGUUCUGUUGCUGAUAUUAAUUAGUUAAUGUAAAUUGUUUAUACCCAGGGGAAUAUGUAUGCCGUAUGUGUUUGACUAAGCUCACAAGAGGAAUUUUUUGCCGUGCACUACUCCAUGUUAUCUUUCAACUCCAGUUUCCUGGGACUAUCCCAGAGAAGGACCUCAGUCUUUUCUAUUCACACUGUGCUUCCUAGAGACAGAACAAAAACCCUGUAGGGAAAUCCAUGCUAAAGAGAUUGGUGUUAACGUUCAGCAAAUAGCUGUGGAACUGACUCCUGUUGCAGAUUGUAGAGUGAUGAGAUCUGGGGAGAUCAGGCUGUAUGUUUGCAGGAACUUGGCUAGAAAAAGGUAGGAUCAGAACAGUGUUCCCAGUACGAACCUGGCUUUUCUAAGAAGUGCACAUUUGACCCAAAUGCACUGGGAUGGAUAAGACAAACAGAAGCAUAUCAAAUGUAAUGAAGGUUUCUCCUAUGAGGUUAUUUUACUCCUCCUUUCAGGCUUUGCCUUUCUUUAGCUUCAAAGGUAAACACUUUGGGAACUAUUACUGGAUUACUAAACUCUUGUUUAAUCUAAAUCCCUGGGUGGAACAGCCAUUGCCUUGUACAGGUUUAUCUUUUCCCUGGAUAUGCAUGCAUCAAUACAUUUACAAUAAUUGCUUCCUCGUGCUUUCCCUGAGCUUCCCUGUGCUCCUUUGAAGAUAUAGCCCUGGCAGAAUGGUUUUUAGACCCUUUGUCAGACUGACUGCAUUUUCCACAUGGAAGAGACAUCAGGAGUUUGAGUAAUUGUGUAUGUGCCUCCUUGAUGUUGACAAUCACUAGACUCAGUGCUCUAAGAAAGCCCUUGGUAUUUCUGUUUAAUGAGCCAGUCUUGAAGCUUUAAAAUUCCCAUAUGUUGAGUUUCUCAUUGAAGAUUUCUUUACAAAGACAUUGCUGAGUUCACCUCAGGGUUGUCUGAGCCUUAACAAAGCUUAGCCUAAGAGAAUACCACUUCAAUACCUGUGCGUAGUUGAGAAACUGUUGUCCUGGGAAGAAACAGCUUUAAAUAUUGGUGGUAAGCUCUCUCUUCUAGAAUCAGGAUUGUUUUGAUAUCUGAACUUGUUAUAUGUGGAGAUUAAGUGCAAAAGUGCUAAGAGUAAUGUGUGUCACUAAAGCAGUGUUUGUGUCCACUUUAAACUCUAAGAACAUGACUGUGUAGCACCUCUUAAAAGGGCACAGCUCAACUUACUGUUUUCCAUUUUUAUUACAGGCAGAAGGACAGGGUUGUUAUGUUUUUCCUUAUAAUCAAUGGUAUAUGUCCUAGGUUUAAAGAAAAGUGAUGGUUGUAACUCUUAGCUGAGUAGUGGUCCCUUUUCAAACUCCUGGAAAUGUUUUUGCUACCAAAUAAAUCAUGUUUUAUGGUACUCAAGCCAUCCAGAAGUGAAAGGCCCAGAAUUUGAAUCUAUGCAGGACAAAAAUCUUGCAGGAAUCAAAGCACUUUGGAGAAGCAUGAAAAGAAAUACAGUGCAAUUCUGUUUUAACAGUAUUUCACCACAUUUAAACUAGCUUGGAGCCUUUUAAGUUUAAUGCCUUAACUUCUCAUUACUAGUGACCUACGGAAUUGUUAUUAGCAUCAAGCAGGAAGUUGACAGCUAUAUCAUUAUUUGAGAUAGUCAGGGCAGCAGACAACAUUGCUAGAAGGAAAGAUCUGUAAGACAGGAGGGAACUUGUAUUGUAUAUAAGAAAAAUAACAAAUUAGUGUUUUUAAGACUAUCACUGUCAUAUAUUUGAUUGUUGGAUUAAUUAGCCCAUUAAUUAGUAUUAAGAAUUCUAUUCAUGGUGCUAAAUAGUUUGAGGGGUAUAAAAUGUCUAAGUCAUAGCUCUAUUCUUAGUGAUCAUAUGGUGUAUGUAAUUUAUAAGCUCUAAGUAGUCAGCUUUAUCCAAUUUGAGGGCAUUAAAAUCAAUUACUGCCUGGAACUUUGAAGAGAAAAAUUCAGGGACAAGUUGAAAAGCACUGGAACUGUUCAUGUCCAUACUAGAUUGGUAAAUUGCAAAAUUUAGAAGCUAGCCUUUAGAAUUAGCUGUUUAGAAUUCAGAAAGGGAUAUAUGUCUUAACUUCGUGAUAUAUUAGCAAAAAUUGGUCUACUGUGAUGUUUGGGGAGGAGAGGGGAGAGAAAAGUUUUUCCCUUAUGCACUUGUAUAUGAAGAUGGUUUGUAUGACACAAUACAAAACUUAUAAACAA